UGGAUUCGACCCCCUCAAAAUCAGCGACCCUCUUACCAUCGACUCUUUCAGGCAAAGCAACUUAGUUUCGGAAUCUUCUCAAGAUCCGCGUUGGCCUCAUCUGCAUCGAUGCCCAAAUUCUCUCGCAAGCUGCAGGGCAAAUCGAUGACACCUCUGAUUCCGCUUCAGUCAUGGCUACAAUUCCCAUGGGAGAAGCCUCUUCAUCAUCUUGCAGAAAGUCCUUUGUUGAACUCUGAAAAUUCCCAAUGGCCAGCCCUUCCCAGAGGGAUUCAGGGAAACUCUCGGUCUACUGAAGCUGCUUCACUUAAAGCUCACUCCAAAGAGUAUCCUUGGGCAGCAAGGAUGAACCAAUCUCUGAGGAAUCUUCAUAGAGUAACCAUUCCUGAGUUACUUGUGAUCUUCUGCAUCAUUAACUUGUUAAACUACAUGGAUCGUGGUGCCAUAGCGAGCAAUGGUGUCAAUGGAAGUACUAGGAGUUAUGAUGAUAAGGGCAAAUGCAACCCUGCAACGGGAAUUCAGGGCAAUUUCAAUCUAAGUAAUUUCGAAGAUGGUGUGUUGUCAUCUUCAUUUAUGGUUAGACUUCUUAUUGCAUCACCAAUCUUUGCUUCAUUAGCAAAAAGUUUCAAUCCAUUUAGACUUAUUGGAGUAGGCUUAACUGUUUGGACUGUUGCAGUUCUUGGUUGUGGCAGUUCCUUUGCCUUUUGGUUUAUCGUCUUAUGUCGCAUGUUCGUUGGUGUAGGUGAAGCUUCUUUCAUCAGUCUUGCAGCUCCGUUUAUAGAUGAUAAUGCCCCUCACAAACAGAAAGCUGUGUGGCUUGGUGUGUUUUACAUGUGUAUACCAAGUGGUGUUGCUUUGGGCUAUGUCUAUGGCGGAUACGUUGGAAAACAUUUUAGUUGGCGCUAUGCGUUUUGGGGAGAAGCUGUAUUAAUGGCUCCAUUUGCUGUUCUUGGUUUCUUGAUGAAACCUCUACAGUUAAAAGGGUUUCCUGCUACUGAUGCUACUGAUUCUAUAAAGAUGGCUUCAUCAACGCAGAGACAUCUAAAAACAAGAAUCAUCUUCAAGCUGGUGGUAAUGAGAUUGAGGUCUCCAUUGAAACUUCAACUUGUGGCAGUUUCGAAAUCGUUUACUCAAUUUGCUAAAGAUAUGAAAGUUCUGUGUAAAGAAAAGGUCUUUGUUGUUAAUGUCUUAGGUUAUGUAUCAUACAACUUUGUUAUUGGAGCAUACUCAUAUUGGGGACCAAAGGCUGGUUAUAACAUUUACAAAAUGAUUCAAACUUUUGUUCUAUCUUGUCAUAAAAACGCCAAUAUGAUCUUUGGGGCAGUAACUAUCAUUUGUGGGAUCAUUGGGACAUUAUCAGGAGGGUUUAUACUUGAUCGUGUCACCGCAACAAUUCCAAAUGCUUUUAAGCUUUUAUCCGGAGCAACGUUUCUUGGAGCGAUCUUUUGCUUCACUGCAUUUACCUUAAAGAGUUUAAACGGUUUCAUCGCUCUCUUUGCCUUAGGAGAGCUUCUUGUGUUUGCUACACAGGCUCCUGUGAACUAUGUGUGUUUACAUUGUGGGGAACCAAGUUUGAGACCAUUAUCAAUGGCUAUCUCUACCGUUGCGAUUCACAUAUUUGGCGAUGUUCCUUCUUCUCCUCUUGUCGGUAUCGUUCAGACAGCUAAAACAAUUACAGGUACUGUGACAAAUGAGAUAGAGACACAG